AUGCGGCAGCGCGCGUGGUUCUACGCGGGAAUUGCGGAGGAGACGUGCGACUUGAGCGCGCUCCGCGCUGCUCAGGCGGCUUCAUCGCAGGUGGCGGGAGGUGUGACCGCUGCUGACGUGGACAGCAACGGAGGUGGCAUACUCGUGCUGCGUGACGUGUACAUCAACGCGCAGGGCCUGGUUUUCAACAAAAGCCACGUGUUCGUCGUUGAUAGGUGCGGGUCCGGCCAAUGGAAGCAGCAGCAGCAGCAGCAGCCGCAGCAGGUGAAAGUUCCCUCCUACUCACCUGGAACCAGAGUCACUGUUCACCCCCACCUGAUAAAUCUCCUGCCGUACGAAGGACACGAAGAAGAGGAGAAAGAAGAGGAGCAACAAAUAAAAGGGAGUAACUCCAGCCAAAACGGCGGCAAUCCCGAGGGGAGGGAGUGGGUGGCACAAGCAAAGCUGCACAACAGCAAGGAGCGGCUGGUAGCGCGGCUGCUGCCCGUGCUCUUCCUCCUCUCCUCCUCCCUCAUGCCCGCCGCGCGCCGCUUCCCCCUCCUGCUCGCCGACCGCCACGUGCUGUUCCACCUGGGCCUGGGGGUCUUCGGUACGGACCUCUCGUCCCUCGCCAUUUCGCCCGAGUCUCCUUUGUUGGGGGACAGCCGCGAUCACCUCUUCUUCGCGAAACAGCUCUACGUGUCCCGCGUUGUUGUGUACGACGAGCAUGUGCCUCUCACAGAGGCCCGCGCGCUCUUCUCCCGCGCCCUGCUGCUUGUGGGCCCCACCUCGCCUGCGCUCUCGAAUCUUAUCUUCCUGCCGUUCAAUGCAACAGUGAUUGAGAUUCUCCCUUACUCCGCCCCACAGACCACCACAGCAACUUAUCCUUUCCUACCAACCACCAACAUCUCCUCCUCUUCCUCCUCUUCAUCAGCAUCUGUGCCCUUUGGUAUUCAAGCGUCGGUCGUCAGCCAACAGGACUCCGCCACGUGGCACUACCGCCUGGCGGAGCGGGCGGGCGUGCGGCACUUUUUGUCUGCUUGCGACCCGGGCCGGAUCAAGCGCGAGCUCGGGGAGCAGUGCCACGUCAGCGAGGUGUACAGCAUCGUCAUGACAGCUGUCAAAGGGGGGGUGGCGUUUGCAGAAGCGGACGAAAUAGCGAGGCAGGGAGGGCCAGACGCGGAGAAGCGGUGGCGGGUGAGGGAGGAGUUGAAGUAUGAGUGGGUGGUGCCGAGAGGUCGAUGCCCUGCUGUUGCUGCUGGGGCGUUCGGGUCACUGUUUGGGCCGGACAGUGAGAGAGAGGCAGGAGGGGGAGCGGGGGACAGUGGUACAGAUUAUGAUGACACUGCUGCUGGUGAAUCUGCUGUUGACUCUGCUGCUGCUGCUGCUGCUGCUGCUGGUGCCGGUGCUGGGGAUGCGGGUGAGGGGUUGUUUUCACGCUUUGAUGGGCGAUCACUCUGUCAGCUGGCCCGCUUGCGAGACGACGGCCUUCGGAUCGCUUUCCUAGGAGACUCCCUCUCCAAGGAGGCGCACACCUCUUUCCUAAACAACAUACUCAAGCACGUGCCGAAACCGGCGCUUAAAGCCGUCACAUUUCGGAAAUGCAUGCCCUGGCUCGGGACUCACACCGGGUACUGUCAUGAGCGAUUCACCGGCCUCGGAUGCUCCGGGCUGGAGCUACACUUUGUAUUCAAUAAAAGGCUCAUGCCGGUGGAUUCGGAGAAGGACGAGCGGCUGUGGUGGAAAAACAUGCCGUGGCUUGACGACCCGGGGAUUGCAAAUUCUCACGUGCUGGUGAUUAACAGGGGAGCUCAUGCUGCGACCGAUGAGCGACUGGUAACCGCGGUGCGACGCACGUUACAGUUUGUCCGGCAGAAUCACCCGGAGAAGUUGGUGGUGUUCCGGUCAACUGCCCCGGGGCAUAUGGGCUGCACGAAUGCAACAGGACCCAUCAAGCAGCGGCAGGACCCGAAAACGCUCCCGUUUGGGUGGGGGCAAUUCAAGCGGCAGAAUGAGCUGCUGAGAGGGGUGGUAGAGGAGAUGGGAGCUGUGUUUAUGGAUAUAGAGCCUAUGACUGCACUCAGGCCGGAUGGGCACAGGGGAAGGAUCACAGAGCAGAAGACUGACUGCUUGCAUUACUGCUCGCCAGGCCCUGAGGAUGCCUGGAGCGAGUUCCUGUAUAACAUUAUUCAGAGAAUAGUGCCUGAGUACUAG